GCAAGUUGCAGUGAAGGCCUGAAGCGGAGCAUCAGGACUGCUCACUGUGUGAGGAGCAGGUGGGGGGCCUCCACCUGCUGAAUGAACCCCGUCAGCAUUGGAGAGUACCACGGGCUCCGGGUGGGAUCCGCCUUGCUCAGCAUUGUGGCGGGCUGCAUCCUCAUUGGGGUGUCCAGGGAGUGUGACGCUGACGCUGUAGGGGGGAUCUUCCUGGGAGCAGGAGGCCUCGGCCUGCUCAUAUCCAUCUACCCCUUCAUAAAAGCCUGGCUCAACAUCAACCAAAUUCUUCCAUGUUUUGGAAACUUCAGAGUGCAUCCAACGCCAGCCAAUCCUGCUCCUGACCAGCCUGUCGAGACGCUGAGAAGAGAAGGGACGCAGAGUCAGCUGAAUGUGGAGCGUUCUAAGAGUCGAAUGGGAACCUUUGUGGAGGGCGGAGCCAUGGCUGAGAUCAACCCAGAUGAGGGGACGUCUGCAGACCUGCCCGACGUCUUAUCCAGACGGAAACUCUAGCAGAAGGCUAAUCAAAGGCGGGACUACACGUAAUGAUUAUUUGUAGAAUGGUGGCUGAACUUGAAAACCUAAUAAACACAACAACAGUUUGAACUGUGAUUGCUAAAAGACUAUUUCCAAAUGUUCUGCCGACGAGUGAAACACAUUACGUCCGGUAAUCCCGCUUGUACC